AUGGAGAGUACGACACCCAGCAGAUCGUAUUCUAAAUUGUCGAAUGCUGUCGUCAGUGACAUCGAAUUAGAUUCAAACAGUUCCACUUCUAACCUAUUACCAUCAGAGGAACUACAUUUUGAAGACUUGAAUGGACACGUCUCAUAUUUAUUAGAUUUAAAGGAGUUGCCCCAGGGACGGCAUCUUGGUUUGUAUUCCACCAUAGUCUUGUUUGUAUCCAGAAUUUUGGGAUCAGGAAUAUUUUCCAUUUCAUCUGGUAUCUAUCAAGAUUGCGGUCAUUCGGGAGUCUUAUUUUUUUCGGCAUGGAUCAUAGGUGCUGUUGCAUCUUUUAGUGGUUUGUAUGUGUUUAUGGAGCUAGGGUCAAUAUUACCCAGAAAUGGUGGAACUAAGGUUUUUCUCGAAUUCAUAUAUGAGAAACCCAAGUAUUUGGCUAGCGUUGCGUUUCUGCUUUAUUCGCUCAUUUUUGGAUUCACGAUAUCAAACUGCUUAGUCUUUGGCGAAUAUUUUUUACAUUCCCUUGGAAUUGAAACAAGCGAUAAAAGAAGUAGGUAUACAGGUUUGGUAUUUCUCUACAUUGCUGCUUCAAUUCAUGGAUUAAGUGUAGGUCAUGGAAUUCACGUUCAAAACAUUAUGGGAGGAUUAAAGUUGUUAUUACUGUUAGUAAUGGUGGCUACUGGGAUCUAUUUAAUCGUUUUUCCUUCUACUGUUACCGGUAUUGAGUCUAACAUUCAUUUCGAUGACUUUUUUAAAGUGAAAAAAGACGCAUCUGUAUCAACGUUUGCUAGCGCAAUUAUAAAAUCAAGUUUUGCAUUUGGUGGAUGGAACUCUGUUCACACAGUCUCCAGUGAAAUUAAAGAUCCUAUCAGAACUUUGAAAAUUGCUGGUCCCGUAUCUUUAGCUAUAAUUACUGUGACAUACUUGAUUACGAACUGGGCAUAUUUGCUUGUUAUUCCUGAAAAAGAAUUGGCUAACAGUGGCAAACUUGUCGGAUCAAUAUUUUUUGAAAAAGUGUUUGGGUAUAGAAUUGGUAAACAGUUCUUGACAUUCGCAGUCGCAAUAUGUGCUGGGGGUAAUAUAUUUGUUGUAAUAUACACAAUAUCAAGAGUUAGUCAAGAAGUAUUCCGUGAAGGAUAUUUCCCAUUCUCGCGCUUCAUGGCAUCAAAUUGGCCAUUUGAUGCACCAUUACCUGUGCUAAUUUUGAGCUGCUUACUUACCACUGUUGUUAUUAUAUUUACUCCGGGUGGAGACAUAUACAAUUAUGUCAUAGCUCUAGAGGGAUAUCCACUUCAAUUUUUCAUAUGUUUAACUGCGGCAGGAAUCUUUAUUAUCAGAAAAAGAUAUCCAGAAUAUAGAGCUCCGAUUAGAACUACUUUAACAGGAGCUGCUUUGGUCAUUUUAAUUGGGCUCUAUCUAUUGAUUUCACCUCUCAUAACUAGCAGCAGCCCCAAUCCUAAGGGAACCGAAAGCUGGCCAUCUUACGCAAUAAUUGCAAUCAUCUGUUUAGCAUUUUGUGUUCUUUAUUGGGUUGUAAUGUUUAAACUUUUCCCAUGGUUACUUGGAUACAGUCUCAAACCAGAGGAAGACCAGCUUAGCGAUGGAUUAAGAAUGAGAAAAUGGGUUAAAGUAUAUAACAAUCUGCCUCAUUUAGAUGUCUCAUGA